GAAGAAUUUCACCAAAUACAAUUAAAAGCUUCCCUUUUUCUCUUCUCCAUCUCAAAAAUCAUCAAUGGAACUCAAGAAAUUCCUGUCAAUUCACAUUCUAUGUGUGUUAAUUUUUGUGGGUUUUCUUUACUAUUUCACAAUUUUCAUUUUCUUGGAUGAUUUGUUGAGCUUACAAAGCUCAGCUGGCAAAUUUCACUCUUUUUUCUUCACUUUCAUGGCUUCUCUCUGUGUAUUCAGUUUCUUUGUUUGUGUUCUCAAAGACCCAGGUGGGGUUCCUUUUUCAUAUCUUCCUGAUGUUGAAGAUCAUGAAGCUUCAGAUCAAGAAUCCAAAAGAUCUGGUUUGCUUAAGAAGAAAUGUGAUAAGUGUUCGGAAUACAAGCCGCCCAGGACUCAUCAUUGCCGUAUCUGCCGAAGGUGUAUUUUGAGGAUGGAUCAUCAUUGUGGCUGGAUAAACAAUUGUGUUGGUCAUAGGAACUACAAGGCGUUUGUGGCUUUAAUCUUCUAUGCAACUAUUGCUAUAAUCUAUUCCUCGGUUAUAUUGGUGAGCGAUGCAAUUCAUAAGGAUUGGAAUUUCGAUGGAGUGAUGCAUCUCAAGCUAUUUUACAUUGCAACUGGUGUUGUGCUUAUUGGCUUAAGCUUGACACUUGGAACUCUCCUGGGCUGGCAUAUCUACCUUACAAUGCGUAAUAUGACAACUAUAGAGUACUACGAGGCAAAACGAUCAGCAUGGCUGGCAAGUAAAUCUGGGACGAAUUAUCAUCACCCUUAUGAUGUUGGUGCUUAUAAAAAUAUCAGUCUGGUAUUAGGUCCGAAUAUGUUAAAAUGGUUAUGCCCCACCGCGGUGUCCCAUAUAAAAGACGGACUGAGCUUCCCUACUUCACGUGAAUAUUCAUAACGCGAUCUCCAUCAGUAGUAAGUGUAAAUCUUAGUCCAAGAUUGUUGCUUCAAAUCGAAGGCAACUAACAACAACUAUACAGAUAUCAUUUCUAUUACUUCAAGACAAUAUGCAGUUGCCUUCGACACACAGUAAUCAGGUCGGAGAUAUUCCAAUAGCAUAUCCGUCAACUGCUACAUCAUUCGGAACUCUUAGUAUAUGUUUGUUUGUUAAAGAGAAUGCGCAAGAAGCGAGAUUGUUGUACAGGAAGUAUGAUCAUCUGUAUUCUUUUGGUGAAACUACCCUCUGUAAUAUGUUGAAAGAAUUGAAGAGUAAGGAAAGGAAUUGAUGUUGCAGCAGCAGAAAUGUUUGUUAGAGACUUAUAUGUCAAUAGAAAAUAUAGAGAACUUCAACGUGAGACGGGUUUAAAUGGAGAUAUAUGGAUAAUUAUGAUUCAUAUAGUCGAGUUCAACUUACUCAGAAUAUUUGACA